UGAACAUUGUUUGUUUCCGUGCGCGACCAUCAAUCAAACGCUCAAAUAGGGCUCACAAAAACAUAAUCCUCGCAACGAAAAAACACAGAGACAAAAACGAAACCUCUUGCGUACAGGCUGCCCUGUCCCCGGUCGACCGUUUUACCACUGGGCUGGGAAGCUCCUUCCGGUCAUCGCACGUACGCGGGGUGGUUUGGUAAAUCGGGGUUCCGAUGGUGCCGUGCAAAACGCAUUGAAGCAUUGAAUUUUCCACUUCACGGAUCGAUGAAGAACGGUCGAACGAUUAAAGUUUCCGGAACGUGUGUGGUGUAGAGGGCUAAUAUCGACACAGCGCCUUGUGAGUGCGUCGAUGGUGUCCCACGGAAAAAGGGCACGGGAAGACAACAAUUUACAAAACACCCAAUCCAUUCGGUGGGCUCACGAGUGACGGAAAGGAAGUGUGCUAGCUUACGGGAAGAAUCGAGAGUGUAACCGUUCCUUGAAACCAUUUGCUGAAAGUUUGUAGCGUGCUGUCGCUGCUCCUGGCCGUACAACACGAUCAACAGCAUCCCUAAACCUUCCGGUGCGUAUAAGCGCAUACAUACACAUAGCUGCAAUCAAUCAACCUGUGCUCCUCGGCAUGGCAACGGUCAAUCUGAAUCCAAACGGAUGUCCAGUGGGUGGCACAAACGCGGUCGGUUCAAGCACCUCCAUCCACUCGAUACAGGGGAAGGACCAGUGGGUCAAGCUGAAUGUUGGCGGUACCUGUUUUCUCACCACCAAAACGACACUGUCCCGCGAUCCCAACUCGUUCCUAUCACGACUAAUCCAGGAGGACAGCGAUCUCAUUUCCGACCGGGACGAAACGGGUGCAUAUUUGAUUGAUCGCGAUCCACGGUACUUUGCACCGGUUCUGAACUACCUGCGCCACGGUAAGCUCGUACUGGACGAUGGCCUCUCGGAGGAGGGCGUCCUGGAGGAGGCUGAAUUCUACAACGUGACGCAUCUAAUCGGCCUGUUGAAGGAUAACAUUGCGCGGCGAGAACAGCGGCCGGCAGCGGACAAGAAGCGGGUCUACCGGGUGCUACAGUGUCAGGAGAAUGAACUGACGCAAAUGGUGUCGACAAUGUCGGAUGGGUGGCGGUUCGAGCAGCUAAUCAACAUCGGCACGCAGUACAACUACGGCACGGAGGAGAACGCCGAGUUUCUCUGCGUGGUAUCGAAGGAGUGCGCCAACACGCUGAUCGGCCGUGAGGUAGAAUCGAACGAUCGGGCCAAGGUGCUACAGCAGAAGGGUUCGCGUAUGUAAAGAAGCGAAAAAGGGAUGAAACUGCCGAGAGGAUGACACGCCCAGCACCGCCAGUGUUGCGGAAACGUUUAUAGAUAGAAAUUAUUAAUCACCCUCCUUACGAAAUCAUGGGAGAGAUAGCAGCAGCGUUACGUUAGGCUAACACACAUUUCGCAGGGGCAAUGGUUAACACAUGAUGAGUAAUAUUGAAUGUUUAAUGCCAGUUUGAAGCUCGGCAAAUGUUGGUUUUUGAGAUAGCAAACCCUUUUUGCGGUGGUUAAAUUUAAUAUUUCACAAACAAAUGCAUAUUAAUAUUAUAUUUAGAAUAAUAAUUUUAAUACGCAUUUGUGUAAGGUACGGGUUUUGAAGUUGGCUUUAAGCAUUCUGUAUUAUUUACUCAUAAUUACGACCGACGAGUGUUGGUUAGGAACUGCAUUUGGAGCGCAAAACGCGGACAUUUGCAUGUUUCCGAACAUCGCUCAAAGUAGCGAGACGUAUAUAUG